CAGACUACAGAGAAGAUAGACAGCACACAGCACAUGUUUUCUUUGCGUUUAGUCAUCGUCGAAUUUUUUCAGAAGAACCACGUGAAUUUGAAAUAACUCCCGUUGGCUGUUUUUUACAGAAAACUCUUGAGGUCUUCCUAUUGAAGAGAAUUCCUUGAUGUUAGAAAUGUCUAUGCAAUCUGUUAAUGAUGGAGGAAUGUUUGAUCUACCAGAAGACAUUCGUAAAGAAGGGGAAGAACUUACAAAAGAAAUUGAACAGGAAGAAAGUGAAAAUGAUGCAAGAUUACUUAAAGCUCAACAAUUAGAGAAUCAAUCGUCACAACCCGGUGAAAUGCGAUAUAAAAGGUUAAUGUGCUUGCUUGACCGCAGUAAAUUUUAUGCCAAUUUCCUUCUUCAAAGGAUGAAUGCUAAGAAAGAAGAAGAGAAAAUUAAACAAGAAAAAUUGGCCAAAAAAGAAGCAGCUGAGAAGAAAAAACUAAAAGAAAAUGAUAUAGCUAACCAGCUGGAAGAACCACCAUCAGACAUUGUGAAAUCAGAAAAAAAGACAAGGGGAGCAAAGCGUCAGACUGAAUUGCUUAGUCCUAAUGAAAAAACUGGUACAGCAUCAAGGAAGAGGUUGCGCAAGAAUAAUCUUUCUGAAGCAAAUAUACUAAAUGUGCUUGAUGAAAAGGAACUUCGGAAGCGAGCGGCACAUGCGGACGCUGACGAAGAGGUCGAACCUGUUGGUGAAGAUCUUACGAAAGAAGUGAAAAAUGAAGAACAAAUGCCCGAACUCUUCGAAGGAGGAACUAUGAGAUCAUAUCAAAUGGAAGGGUAUCGUUGGCUUGUGUCACUUUACGAAAACGGAAUGAACGGCAUUCUAGCCGACGAAAUGGGUCUUGGUAAAACCGUACAGUGCAUUUCCCUAGUUGCCCAUUUAAUGGAUAAAGGAGUAACUGGGCCUUUUCUCGUCUGUGCUCCUCUUUCUACGCUCCCAAAUUGGAUGUCGGAAUUCAAGAGAUUCUCACCCCGCAUACCAACAGUACUGUACCACGGUAACCAAGAAAAGCGUGAUGAAGUCAUUACGGAAAUCCGACAAAAAUUUAAGAUACCUGGUAUUAACGGUUUAAAGUUUUUUCCUGUUGUUAUCACUUCAUUUGAGGUCGUUAUUCGAGAUAGAAAAGUGCUGGAGCAGUUGCAAUGGCGCUACAUAAUCGUUGAUGAAGGUCAUAGGCUAAAAAAUUAUCAGUGCCGAUUGGUCCAGGAGUUGAAAAAAUAUCCCUCCUCCAACCGCUUACUGUUGACGGGUACACCGUUGCAAAACAAUUUGUCGGAACUGUGGUCUUUGUUAAAUUUUUUGCUACCUGAAAUUUUUGAUGACUUGGACGUCUUUACUGAAUGGUUUCGUGUAGAAGAAUUACAAGGAUCCGAAAUUGACCAUAAAAUCGUUGAAAUGGAACGCAAAGAAAAUGUCCUUUCCAUGCUUCAUCAGAUUUUGUCACCAUUCCUGCUUCGUCGACUAAAAACAGACGUUGAUUUGCAAAUUCCAAAGAAAAAAGAACUUCUUGUUUAUUGUCCUAUGAGUAAACUUCAAGAUGAACUGUAUCGUGCUACAGUUGAUCGUUCUAUUGCAUUCCUAUUGGGAGGACAAGAGGAAAAAACACAGAUAAUCGAAUACCAAGCUAACGGUCGGCCAAAGCGAAAGGCUAAGAGACAAGACAUCGAUUACUCAAAUAUGGGAACGGAAGAGGUUACAGAAGAAUUGGAAAAAAUAUCUGUUGAAAAGCAAGACGAAGAAAUCGAUGAGUGGAUGAAGCUGUCAAAUGAUUUGCAUUGGGAACCUCGGAAAGCGAAGAAGAGGAGUAUUCAAGCCGUAAACACUAGCAUUAAAAUGAAUAAUCCCAUGAUGCAACUGAGGAAAAUUGUCAAUCAUCCGUACCUUGUCAAAUGGGAAGUUGAUAUCGAGACAGGUGAUUACAUUGUUGACGAGGCGAUGGUUAGCGAUUCGGGGAAAUUAGCUGUAAUGGAUCAGAUGUUGAAGCGCCUCAUAAAAGAUGGUCACAAGGUAUUAAUUUUUAGCCAGCUAACAAUGAUGCUUGACGUUUUGGCCGACUACCUGUCAAUGCGAGGUCUCAAAUUUGGCCGACUUGACGGACGGAUGAACCUAGAAGAGAGAGCUGUGGACAUGGAUAAGUUCAGAAAUGACCCUGAUAUGCCCGUGUUUCUUAUAAGUACGAGAGCUGGCGGGCUCGGCAUCACCCUUACUUCUGCGGAUACGGUUAUCAUCUAUGAUUCAGAUUGGAAUCCUCAAUGUGAUCUGCAAGCUCAAGAUCGCUGCCAUCGUAUCGGCCAGACAAAACCAGUUGUUGUUUAUCGUUUAGUGACCUCAGAUACUGUUGAUCAACGAAUCAUCGACCGAGCUGGCGCCAAACGAAAACUGGAAAAAAUGGUCAUUCAGAAAGGUAAGUUUAAAUCGGGUCUUCAGGCCGGCGGCACCAGCAGUAUAACAACAAACGAACUGAUUGAGUUGCUGAAAGCCCGCGAUCAUAACGGCGAAUACCGAAGCUCAUCUGGUCAAGUGUUUACCGAAGAAGAGAUGGACGCUCUUAUGGAUCGGUCCGAUCUUGUCAGUGAAGCCGGCAUUGAAGUUAAAGAAGAAAUCACGCAGUUGCAGGGUGUUUUUAAACGUCUCGAUAUACCACCAGAAGAAAUCAAAAAGGAGAAAUGAAUAACACCGAACAAUCAAAACGAGAGAGUCGUGGUUAGCGAUGCAUCGAAGAAAUUCACAAAAUUAAGGCGCAUUCUUAUUCUAUUAUAGAAGACGAUGAAAAAAGAAGUUUUCAAAAUUAAUGUUCGUUCGGAUUCUGCCAUAGAAGACGACGAGAGAAAGUAUUUAAGCCGAUUUCUUACUUGCUCGCAGUAUUCUGUUUUUACUCAGAGAAAGAAGCCCAUGCUUCAAUUUUAAAUUCGGUUUUCUUAUCAUUCCGUAUGUACACAGUGACAUGUGUGUCUUCAGUAAAGCUGUUCUAAAUU